CAACAACUGUACAAGAAAAUUAAAAAUUAAAAAUAAAGUAGUCUGGCCCAACAAGCGAGCCCGAGCCCAAACAAAUGUGUUUCAGCCUUUCAGCAGUUUUCAAUAUUCAUCUACACAGAAGGAUCGGAAUCGGAUCGCCAUCUUCAACCUCCUCCUUUUCGUUAGCUUCCAAGGAGAAAACCAACAAAUUGCUGUGCCUUUUCAUCAAAAGCUUUAGUAUUGUGUCCAUGGAAGCUCAAAAAUCUGAAAUUCACCAGGUGCUCGUGAAAUUGCUCGAUGGGAAGCACCGGAUUUUGAAUUUCGCAGCCCCUUCGAUUACCGUCGCGGCGCUAAAACGCCGUAUUCAGACGCUUACCUCCAUACCUUCCGACCUCCAUCUCCUACUAUUCGAAGGCUCCCGGGUCCUUCGCGAUCACCAAACCCUAAACCUCGAUCGAUCGCGCGAGAAUUUCCGGUUGCUGGAAACCCUAGAUCGCGGAGUUGGGGAUUCUGGGAAUUUCCCGGUGAGUGUGAACCUUCUGCUCAGGCUCAGGGGAGGGAAAGGAGGGUUCGGGUCGUUGCUGAGAGGGGCGGCGACCAAGGCCGGGCAGAAGAAGACCAACAAUUUCGAUGCUUGCAGGGAUAUGAGCGGGCGGAGGCUGAGGCACGUGAACGCGGAGAAGAAGCUCGAGGAGUGGAAGGCGGAGGCCGAGGAGAGGAAGUUGGAGAAGAUGGCAGAGGAGUUCAUUAAGAAGAAGACGAAGGAGGCCAUGAAAGGCGGAAAGGGCGGUGGGGGCAGUAGCACGGAUAAGUAUGUGGCCAAGUACAGAGAGGAUUCCGCUAAGUGUAUGGAGGAGGUUGAGAGGUCCGUUAGAGAGUCCGUCAAGGGAUUGGUUAGCUCGAAAAGGAAGGGAAGCACGGAGGGGGGCGGAUCAGAUUCUUCCAAGAGGUUGAAGAUAUGGUAUGGUAAGAGAAAAUUGGGUGAGAGUGACAGUGAAGAUGAUAGCGACGAAGAAGACAAAGGAGAAGAUGAGAAAUCUGUUAUCAUAGAUACUGCAAAUCAUUCUGAUUCUAUCAAAAAAGGUGACCAAAGUUCAGGUUCGGUUAGUGAUGAGAAACCUCAUCAGGACUUGUCUCAUAGUGGCUCUGAGGAAGAAGAAACCACCAUUGGUCGACUUGGUGAAGAAUCCUUUGAACAGGAUAAAAAUACCGAGGUGUGUGUACAUGAUGAUGAUGGUGACACUGAUAACAAGUUGCCUGAUGAUACUCACAAUGAAUCUCGUCAAGAAAUAAAUGAUGGUCUGCUACCUGGUGGCUCUGGUUCAGAUGAGAAUGUUUUUUUUGCUGCAAAAGUGAGCAAUAGUACCAUAACUGAACCAGUUCAGAUGGAAGCAGCAGUGCUUGUGAGUGUCGAAGUUGGAGACAUCGACAAGCCCUUGAAUUUCGAUGAAUAUCACUCAGCUGCUGAGUUAGAGGUUCUCGGCAUGGAGCGGCUGAAGACGGAACUUCAAGUGAGAGGGUUGAAAUGUGGGGGUACACUGCAAGAACGGGCGGCCAGGCUCUUUCUUCUCAAAACCACACCUUUGGAGAUGCUCCCAAAGAAGUUGUUUGCUAAGAAAUGAAAUGUCGAGCGUGUCCAAUCCAUUAUGAACUGUACGUCUCGUGUGUGUAAAGCAGAUUGUGAAGUUUUCUUCAAGAUUCUACUUGGAUGAUAUAUGUAUUUUAGACAUUUUUGAGAACAUGUACCCGAUCUUAUUAUGAACUGAGAACUCAUUGCAAUACAUUUUGAGAUGAGUUUUUGUAUUUUCUUUUGCAAUUGAUUCCUUGUCAAGAUUUAUAUAGAGUAAAAAUGCAAUUUUAGUCCUUCC